AUGAACCCCAAGGCUGCUUCAAAGAAGCGCAAGGCUGUCACUCGUGACGUGGAAGAGGAAGCUGGUGUUUUUUCUGGCGAUGAGCUGAGCAAGGAAAACCUGGACGGAGCUUUUUCGGACACCGCCAACGACCUUUCGGAGAGCGAAGACGAAAGCGACUCGGAUUUUGAAGUUGUCGACGAAUUCAGCGACUCGGAAGAUGGAGAAGAGGAAUUGGACAGUGAUGAGAUCCCCUCCGACACUGAGGAGGACAGGAAGCCCGCUCCUGGUGAACCUAACGUCCGCAUUGUGAAGGACGCCAAUGGAAAUGACCGCUACCUCUACGACGAAAUCCACCCGGAUGACAACUCCGAAUACUCCGAGGCUGAUGAGAACGCCAACACCAUUGGCAACAUCCCGCUGAAGUUCUACGACGAGUAUCCUCACAUUGGUUACGACAUCAAUGGAAAGAAGAUUAUGCGUCCUGCCAAGGGCGAGGCCCUGGAUGCGCUUCUGGACAGCAUUGAGAUCCCCAAAGGCUGGACUGGUCUCACCGAUCCUGCGACCGGAAAGCCCCUGGAGCUCAGCCAAGAGGAACUGGAGCUGUUGCGCAAGGUGCAAAUGAACGAGGUUCCCUCCGAUGGCUACGACCCAUACGAACCACUCGUGGAAUGGUUCAGUAGCCAACAGGAAAUCAUGCCCUUGAGCGCAGCCCCCGAACCCAAGCGCCGCUUCGUGCCCUCGAAGCACGAGCAGAAGCGUGUGAUGAAGCUUGUCAAGGCCAUCCGUGAGGGCCGUAUUCUUCCUUACAAGGCCCCCGAGGAGAAGGACGAGAAGGAGGAGGAGCUCAUCAACUACGAUCUGUGGGCCGACGAAGCCGAGCGACCGGAUCAUGUCAUGCAUAUUCCAGCACCCAAGUUGCCACCACCUGGUUACGAAGAGAGUUAUCACCCGCCUGCCGAGUAUCUGCCCGAUAGCAAGGAGCGCAAGGAAUGGGAGCAGAUGGAUCCUGAGGACCGUGAGAAGGAUUUCCUUCCCAAUGACUUUGGCUCCCUGCGCCGGGUUCCCGGAUACGAGAGCUUUGUUCAGGAGAAGUUCGAGCGUUGCUUGGAUCUGUACCUUGCUCCGCGUGUACGCCGUAGCAAGCUGAACAUCGACCCCGAGAGUCUCCUGCCCAAGUUGCCCAGCCCCGAAGAGCUCAAGCCAUUCCCCACUGCCUGCGCAACAGUCUUCCGCGGUCACAAAGGUCGUGUGCGCUCUGUUGCCGUGGAUCCUACAGGAAUCUGGCUGGCAACUGGUGGCGAUGACGGUACCGUCCGUGUUUGGGAACUUCUCACAGGUCGCCAGCUGUGGAGCGCCAAGCUGAGCGAUGAGGAUGCCAUCAACGUGGUCCGCUGGCGGCCGGGCAAGGAUGCUGUCAUUCUCGCUGCCGCCUCGGGAGAUGACAUCUUCCUCGCUGUGCCCCCAAUUGUCGACCCCGAGAUCGAGAAGGCUAGUCUGGAGAUCCUCGACGCAGGAUGGGGUUUCGCCGCAUCCAAACCCGCCCCUAGUGCCUCAGAGGAAGGCAAGAAGAACACUCCCCCUCAAUGGAUCCGUCCUUCGUCCACCCUCCUGGACGCCGGUGUCUGCGUGGUCAUCCCUCUCAAAUACGUCCCCAAGUCGAUCUCAUGGCACCGUCGCGGCGACUACUUCGUCACAGUAUGCUCCGGCGCCUCGACCCCGGCUUCCGUAGCAAUCUCCAUCCACACCGUCUCCAAGCAUCUGACGCAAUUCCCCUUCCGCCGCCGCCUGAAGGGAGGUGGUCCCCCCCAGACUGCACACUUCCACCCCUCGAAACCGAUCCUCUUCGUGGCCAACCAGCGCUCUAUCCGCGCCUACGACCUGUCGCGCCAGUUGCUCGUCAAAAUUCUCCAGCCCGGUGCCCGCUGGAUUUCGUCCUUCGACAUCCAUCCAACCUCAUCCAGCGCCUCAGGCGGCGACAACAUCAUCGUCGGUUCCUACGACCGUCGUCUCCUCUGGCACGAUCUGGAUCUUUCCCAGCGCCCUUACAAGACCCUCCGCUACCACCGCAAGGCUAUUCGCGCUGUCAAGUUCCACCCCAGUGGUCGCUACCCGCUGUUCGCCGAUGCUUCCGACGAUGGAUCCUUGCAGAUCUUCCACGGCAGCGUUACUGGCGAUAUGCUCAGCAAUGCUACCAUUGUUCCUCUCAAGGUUCUCAAGGGCCACAAGAUCACUGGAGAGCUGGGUGUCCUGGAUAUCGACUGGCAUCCUCGCGAGGCAUGGUGUGUCAGUGCCGGUGCCGACGGAACGUGCCGCUUGUGGAUGUAA